AUGUCUAAUCAACAACACAAUGCCUCCGCUGCAGAGGAGACGGAUGAGAUGAGCAUCGAUUCUGAAGCACCUUCUUCGCCUCAUCACAGACCCCCUGCCUUCCUGGAUCCAAACAGACGUAGCCUUGCGAUUAUCUCAAGAGACUUGCCAGACUGGCUUGGUUACAUCAGGGCUCUACAAGAGACGGAUGUAAUAAUACUUUUAAGUCCGGUUGUGGUUCCUAUCAGUCAGGAUCCCACAGACACCAGUGACCCGUUCGAGCCAUUUGGUCAAGCACUUGCCAGGAGGCACCCAAGAGUUCGACACGUGCCAUACACCUCAAGAAAUGGAAUAACAUCAACACAUCUAGGAUUUAUCAAAAGGGGUCAUGUAAUUGUCCUUUGCUUUGUUGUCUCGCCCAACCUGCCACUGCAGCUCAAAAUUGCCGAUACUACUUUUGCUGUCAGUGAUAAUAAACCCUGCAUCAUUGUCAUUUGCAACAACACGAUAGAUACCGACAACCCCGGCCCGUUUCCAACGAUCGUGCAAGCUUCUGGGUACUCGCCGCCAGCUCUUGAAGCCGUAGCAGCAUUGGUUUUCGGCGAAAAUCUUCACCCACAAGCUGGUGGACUGGGUGAGUUCUCCAUUUCCAGCUCUCAGCAGCCUAGGCUGUGGCCUGUUGAGCAAUGGAAUGAGGCAAGAGAUUUGUCCCGGGUUUUGGAUCUAUGGACAGACUGUGUGAGCAGUCGGUUUGCCUUGAACCAGCACACUCUAGCGUCUCUUUUGCGCCGUCCUGGCUAUGCCAAACAUUAUAUCGUUCGUGACAAUGGUCCUGGGGAUAUCCUCGGAUUCUGUGCUACAUACCUCUCCUAUGCGGAUCAAGAGGGAGAACGAUUGAUAGCAUCGGUGGCUUUCCUCUAUGUCAAGCCUGCGAGCCGACAACAGGGGAUUGGAUUGAGUCUCCACAGCCAUGCUCUCAGUGAAUUCAAGAAAACCCGAGGCGUCGUUCGUUUGCAGCUCGGAAGUACGUUUCCUCGUAUCCUCUACGGUCCCCCACUCGAUAUACCACUGAAUGAUGCUUGGUUUCGUCGCAGAGGGUGGCAGCUAAACAGAGAGAUUGCCGGUCAAGGACUGAUUAUUCAUGAUUUGAUAUUGAACUUCCCCGAAUGGCGCUACAAAGAGGAUCCAUUUCCACCCACAACACCUAGCUACAGAGCAUGUACACAAGCAGAUAUGGGCCAGGUCCUUGAACUUGUGGCGAAGACAUGUUUUGAGCAGGCAAGGAUGGGCUGGUUCGACCAGUACCUAGCUCUCAUGAAUGGACCAAAUGUCAAAGAUGUGAUAUUGGGCUUUGCAGACAAUGCGAUGGUUGCCACUGCUCUGACUUACACACCUUCCUGCGCCUCCCAAAUCUCGACGAACCUGCCAUGGGCAGGGCAGAUAGGCAAUGAUGUAGGAGGUGUUGCGUGUAUAUGUGUACAUCCAAAUCUGCGAGACCUGUUGAUGGGCGGCCUUCUUGACGCCUGUGUUGAAACUCUACAUGAGCAGGGGAUGAAGAGGAUGUUCGCUGAUGGGAUUGGCGAAGAAGCAGACGGUUUCUUGAAACUUGGUUUUCGAAAAUGGGCCCAGUAUCGAGACGUGUGGAAGGACACCUGA